AUGAAACACCAAAAAAUAGUCAUAAACCUACUUCCAAAUCUACUAAUACUAGUAACUAUCCUAUUCCUUUCAACAACAUGGACCAUAGCAGAUGAAAUUGAGGAUGAGAGUGAAUUUGAUUAUAUAAAAGAGAGCAAAAAGGGUCCUUCACAUUGGGGAGAAUUGAAGAAGGAAUGGGCAACAUGUAAAAAUGGAGUAAUGCAAUCUCCAAUUGAUAUGUCAAGUAACAUAGUGAGGGUUGUGCCAAAGUUGGAUGAACUAAAGAAAAAUUAUAAGCCUCAAAAUGCAAUUAUAAGAAACAGAGGUCAUGAUAUUCAGCUGAAAUGGCAAGGAGAUGCAGGAUCAAUAAAUAUCAAUGCGACAGAAUUUUUUCUACGUCAGAUGCACUGGCACUCACCUUCUGAACACACCAUUAAUGGCCAAAGGUAUGACAUGGAGCUACAUAUGGUUCAUGAAAGCCUAAAAAUAAAUGGGAAGAGCAAAAUAGCUGUUGUUGGGCUUCUGUAUAAAAUUGGUGGACCCGAUCCUCUACUUACCAAGUGCAAACUCAUGGAAGGCACCUUUAAAGGUGUGGCUUUAAGGUGGAAUAUGAGCCUUCCUUGUUUAUCCGUGAGCAAAGGGGCUAUGAACUGCAACUCGGUUAACCUCGCCUUCGGGGCUCUGAACCGCAACUCGAUCAACCUCGCCUUCGGGCAAAGGGGCUCUGAACUACAACUUGAUCAACCUCGCCUUAGGGCAAAAGAGGCUCUAAACCACAAGUCGGUCAACCCCACUUUCGGGAAAAAGGGCUUGAAUUUCAACUCGAUCAACCUCGCCUUCGGGCAAAGAGGCUAUGAACUGCAACUCGGUCAACCUCGCCUUAAGGUAAAAGGGGCUUUGAACCACAAGUCGGUCAACCUCACCUUCGGGAAAAGGUGUUCUGAACCGCAACUCAGUGAACCUCUCCUUAGGGAAAAAGGGGCUCUAAACCACAAAUCGGUCAACCUUGACUUCAAGCAAAGGGGCUCUGAACCGCAACUAAGCCGGUUAAAGCCUUCGGACUUCUGUCCGCACCUAGUAACACUCCCCAUUUAA